UGUGAGAGUAGGGGCAUCGACAGUGGUAUCUUAAGCACAGAAGCGGGCAUCUAUGUGCCAUGGCUGGCGUGACUGUCACCGUGUGGAAGGGCCAAAACCCAGUCGCUGUUCAAGUAUUCGGUAGCCCAAUCACAGCUGAGACUGUGAGAAAUUCUCUUCGUGACAUGAAUGCUGCAUAUGUUGGAAAGUUGCAUGCACCCAAUAGCAGUACACACUUGGGAGGACAGUGCAUUCUCGAUCCAGGCGCUCAAUAUUCCCUGGACAUAUCUGAGUACUCAAGUCACGGACUCCACAGCAGAGUGCACCACCUUAUUGACGGGCUUGCCAAGAGCAUGCUGGCACGGCAGAACUCCCCAUUGCUGCUCCCAGAGGUGGCCUUGCGCGUUGAGAAGGCCACCUGCAUUAUUCUGGGUGAUGACUACACAGAUGCGGGCCUGGGCAUUUUCUAUGACAACAAGAGGGGCAUAACCACCCACUAUAUCUUCUCCCAGCUGCCCGCUGUAGGCCAGACGCUGGAAGCGCGUAUGCAGACUGAUGGGCAAUACAGGAGGGUUCAGCUGGAGGUCACUGCGGUUAGCAAGGAGCUUGGUUAUGUUUGUUUCAUCACGCAGCAGCCUCAGCCAUACUUGCCUCUGGAGCGAGACGUAACAGAGUUAUUGCACAGCCACAACUUUGUCUUCUGCUCUUUCCAGCUGGCGUUUGCGGCCACCAAGAUCGGGAAGGAAUUUGGCCCCGGUCUUGCAGCCGUCCCGGCGUGCACAGCGUGUCUCAGCCGGCGAGGUCACUUUGUGGUGUACGAGCACAUUUGUGUCCCCGGCGACUCUGGUGCAGUGCUUCUCCUGCAUGAUGGGAGAAUCAUUGGCAUGCAUCUGGAACAAGCCGCAGUUCUAGUUGAGAAGUUGGAGAGGCUCGAGAUCAUCCAUGACGGGCUUGAUGAUCUACGCAAUGAUCUCCUUGAUGCUGCAAGGAUUGCAGGACAGGGUGGCAUUGGCCUGCUGGCCAAGUGCUUCCCAGAGGUAUAGUGAGCAAUUGUUGCUGAGGCUUCAAGGAGACUUACGGCAACAGCGACUGCCCGUAUGGCUGCAGAACUGCAGGGUAACAGAGCAGAGCUGCAUAGGUCUGCGCACGACUGCUUGAUGAUGAAUAUGGGAUCAUGCAUUCUGGCGUUGUUUGGUUGCAAGAGUGGUAUACAAGGGGAUGCGUGUGACCGUCAGAGCCGGGUUAGGAGAACAGCAUGUUGCCAAGAGCGCACAGUAGACAGCAUGAACACUGCCAAGGCAUUGGUCUGAAUUCAGAGACGGCCUUGGUGGCGGCCAGCAUGUGUGAAAGUGCUGGCAUGGGACUAAAUUAUUGGCAGUAAGGAGCAGAUUUUGUUGUGUGCAACUGAUACAAUUCCUGGAUUAUUUGUUUGCGCAGCAAGACUGCCAGUGCGUGCAUUGCAAGGUUUGGCCCUCGCCGGCGGGGGGGCCCGCGGUGACUGGUGCGAGUGCACCUUAGGGGUCUGCAGCGUAAGUGCAGUAGGUGCAGUGCAGUGCAAAACUGGCUAUGGAGUCUGCCAUGUGCAGUCUAUCAAACAAAUCUCUGUAGCUCUGUAUAACAGAAGUGGACUCUCAUGCUAUAAUUUUGUAGGUCCCUUGGGGUACUGUACACGUAGGGGCUUUGACCUACUCUUUACCCCCAUACGAUAAAAUUGAUUCGUUUCC